GGCGCGCUGCAGGCCGGGCGCGCCGCCGACCCGCGGGAGCGCGCCGAGGAGGCGAAACCAGAUCUGCUUCAGGAAGAUGAGGAUAUCAGUAGUGACUAUGGGAGUCGUGACAAACCAGGGACUGCUUUAGGACGGACCAUACCAGAUGGGAAUGUACUUCUUCCAGACAUUUUUCGUACCGAUCAUCUUUUGUUUUAUGAGCGAUUUAAAGCUUACCAGGAUUACAUUUUGGCUGACUGCAAGGCUUCUGAGGUGAAAGAAUUCAUAGCUGAGUACCUGGAGAAGGUCCUUGAACCGUCUGGAUGGCAGGCAGUCUGGCGUACUAAUGUGUUUGAGGUUGUCAUUGAGGUUGUUGAUGUGGAGUACUCGGCUCUCAAAGCGGUUGUUCGACUCAGCGAGCCUUUCCUGUGUGAGUCGCAGGUUAGCACCUUCACGUUGGAAUGCAUGCAGGAGCUCUUGGAGCUGAAGGAGCGUCAGAUCCCACUGCGGGAGCUGUGGGUUGUGUAUGAUGAGUCAGGAGAAUUUGAUCAGACAGCACUAGCCGUGGAGCACGUCAGGUUCUUCUACCAACACAUCUGGAGGACCUGGGAUGAGGAGGAGGAGGAUGAUUUGGAUUACUUUGUGCGAUGUGUUGAGCCUCGACUGAGAUUGCAUUAUGACAUCCUCGAACACCGUGUGCCUUCUGGGCUUGUUGCUGAUUACCAGGAUUACUUGUCCCAAGGUGAAGAGGUCUACAGGAAGUUCUUAAACGUGAGGAACAGCAUAUCAAGCAGCGAUUCAGACUCUGAAGUAGAAAACGUCUCCAUGGUGGAGGGACUUCAGUUGUAUGAGAAAAUAGAGCACUUGAAACAGAAGCUAAAACUAAUUGAGAAUCCACUGCUGAGGUACGUGUUUGGUUACCAAAAAUACAGUGGUCUCCAAGCUAAAGGACAGAGACCAACAGGAACCAAGAUCACUCAUGUUGUAUCUUCCACCAUGAUGGCAGGUCUGCUGCAGUCGUUGAUAAGGGACAAACUUUGCCCUGAAUCUUGUGGUGAAGAACUAGAAAUACAGUUUCACAACGAUCCACUGGCAGCUGUAAGUGCUUGUUACGAAGGAGACAGAGUCAUCAUCUGUCCUGGUCAUUAUGUUGUAGAUGGCGUGUUCUGCAUUGCUGAUUCUGUUGAAUUAGAAGGCUAUGGCCUGCCAGAUGAUAUUGUGAUAGAAAAGCAAGGGAAAGGAGACAAUUUUGUUGACUGUACAGGAGCCAACAUAAAGAUCUCCAAUUUGAAGUUAAUACAACAUGAUGCUGUGGAAGGGAUUUUAAGCGUCCAUCAUGGGAAAACUACUCUGGAGAAUUGUGUGUUACAGUGUGAAACUACGGGCAUAACAGUGCGAACAUCAGCUGAGCUAUUGAUGAAAAACUCAGAUCUGUAUGGUGCCAAGGGUGCUGGUGUGGAAAUAUAUCCAGGGAGUACAUGCACCCUGUUAGACAAUGGCAUACACCACUGCAAGGAGGGAAUACUUAUAAAGAACUUUUUAGACGAACAUUAUGAGAUCCCCAAGAUAAGCAUGGUCAAUAACGUGAUCCAUAAUAAUGAAGGAUAUGGUGUGGUCCUGGUUAAACCAACAAUUGCCUCUGAUGUAAAGGAUGCUUCAGCAAUGAAAGGGAAUACACAGCCUACCUUGUCAGGUGAUGGGAGAGCAUGUAUAGAGGACUUCAGACAAGAACUACCUGAAUGUGUGACUGAUGAGUUGGAGCUUUAUGAGCAAGUUGAGAUUUCUGAAAAAACUGAAGGCAAUUAUGAAAUUGCAAAUGAACUUGGUGUUGCUUCUGUGAAGAAGAACCAGAUGCACAAGAAAAGGCUGAGUAAACUGGGAAUCACAGAAGCUGAUGACAACUUAAUGUCACAGGAAGUGUUUGUUUCUAUUGUGGGCAAUCAGUUCAAAUGGAACGGGAAAGGGAGUUUUGGUACAUUUCUUUUCUGAUUGUCCUGACUCCUAGUGGCAUUGCAAUAAGAGAUUUGCACAAACUGUUAUUUUCACUCCUGCUUUCCAAGGAGUUAACAUGUUCUAUCAGCCUUCCAUAACGUUACUAGAAUGUGACAAAUAUUUAUUGACAACAUAUAUAUUGCAUGUGGAAACUUUUUUCUUCCUUGCUGCAAGCACGUACGUGGUAGAAAACAGAACUCUGCUUAUCAACAUACUUGUUCUUUGCUAGCUCUGAUGAAUUUUGUAGUAUAUUUAUUUAACCUCUCUUAAAAAAAAAUCUUCCAGAAAAAGACUCACCAUGGAAGAGUGGACGACAAAUGUACAGCAAGAAUUUGUACACCUUCCUCCAUGUGUUUGUAAAAGCGCAACUAGCCUGCGGUGCCUCCUAUGAGAGACUGACUGAAUUUUUAUGUUGAACAGAAGCUAGUGAAAUGCUCUUAUGAAAUGUAGUAGUUAGCUGCCAUGCUUUAUACUUGAAGGAUUUUUUUAGGAAAGUUAGCAUCUGGAAACAUAGCAUCAUUCAGUCAACUUGGUGUGCCAUCUGUUUAUUUCCAACAGCAACCCGUUCCUAUGCAACUUUUCCUUAGGGAAGACAGCAUCAAAAUAAACCAUUAAUCUGAAUAAGGAGCAAACAAAACAGCUGUUUGUGUCUGUUAGGUGUGUUCCUACUGUAUAUUUCUGUGCCUUAUUCUAAAAUAUUUAAAACUGCUCUGCCUCUUGUAGCAGCAGAGGUAUUGAAAAUAAAUAGAAAAUUAAAAAAUAAAAAUACUUUGCACUGAAAUCUCAUCAGCACACAGCUGUGGAACAUUCUGCAAAACAAAGGUGUUUCAGUGUCUUACUGUUGUUCUAAGUCUUUAGUUGAAAGAAGACUUGAACGGACAGUCUGAAUGAAGACUCUUCCUUCUCAGUGCUCCUUGAUCCUUAAUUGCAAAUCCAAAUGCCUUAUUCCAAAUGUUUAUACUGUCUUCGGUUAUUGUAGAUCAGUUUUUGAACUGAUAUGUGGAAGUACAUGUGAGAAGAUAAUCAAAAGUGAUGCAGGACGUCCUAUACAAUAUGGUAUUAAGAAGGAGAAAGCAUGUUGCCAUCAAAUAGAAUUCAGAAUAGUUUCUGCAAGUAGCUUAGCAGGUAUAUACCUUUGCUGGAAAUGCAGUGCAUUGCCUAAGUUGGAUGUCAGUUGUCUGCUCCAGGUUUUUCACUCCAUCUGUUUCUUAAACUGCAGUGGGAAUCAAAAUUCACUUCAGUACAUAAUUUGUGUGAGCAGCUGAUGGGAAGAAAAAGAAGAAAUGUAUGUUAGAAGCACUUUUUUUUAUGAACCAUGGAGCAUUAAUUGAAGCUUUUCUAUCCCAGUGCUUCUGGCUUUGUUCUGCUCAGGACACGACUUCAGGACUGCACUUUGAGUUUUAAUGAGACUGAAAACCAUUACAGUGUCUCAUCCUGCACAAAACAACAAAUAUUUGCAUUUUAGUGACUCUAAAGAAAUACUUGAGUCAGGUGAAAACCCAUUGCUCAAGCUAGGACUAGUUUAGUAUCUUAGGCUAUUCAACAAGUCACAUGCCAUGUUUAAUGCUUUGAUAUUACGC